AUGAAACCACCUGCAGCACUGAAAUCCCAAUUGUGGAGGGAGAUUGGGAAGACGUUAGACAUCUUGCCAGCGACUACAAAUGGGCUGGGCUACCGUAAGGAGCAAAUGGGUGAAAUUACCCCUGUGUAUGAGUUCAAAAAUCAGACCCCAAGAAUGCUUCGAAAUGGUAGUGAAGCCUUAGGAAGCACCUUGGUUAUCUUCUCCAACAAAAACAAUAGUCGCUUACAGAUAGAUUCUUAG